AUGUUUUACAAAGUUGCUACGCAUCGCAAGGCCGGCAUGAUCAUUUUUAAGCCAACCAGCAAACCUCUUCGUGAAGGCAAACUUCCGGUGACCUUGCUCAGCGGUUUCUUAGGCUCAGGCAAGACCACGCUAUUAGAACAUAUCCUUACCUCCAACCAUGGGCUUGGAAGAAUUGCCACGAUAAUAAAUGAUAUUGGAAGCGUUAAUAUCGAUGCCGCCCUUCUCCGAGAACAUAAAGUUAGUAAUGUCGAAGAAAGGGUUGUCGAGAUGCAGAAUGGAUGCAUCUGCUGCACGCUCAGGGGAGACCUGCUGGAAGAAGUGGCUGCACUCUCCGAAGAUAAAAGUAUUCAUUGGCUGGUAAUAGAGUCCACAGGAAUAUCUGAGCCCAUGCAAGUCGCAGAGACUUUCUCGCCUGAAUUUUCGGAAAUGAUGCUUAUGGCGGCCGAUGACUUAAAACAAGAAAUGGAGAAGGAUGAAGAUUCAGCCAAGCAGAAUGCCAAAGUUCAGGCUAUAUUAGCCAAGGGCGGGCUUCCCGAGGUCGCCUUUCUCGAUGCCGCAGUUACAGUUGUUGAUGCUGUUAAUGUCUUCAACGACUUUGAAACUGCCGAUUUCUUGGUUGAUCGAAAUGACGCGAAAAAUGUCCCGGAAGAAGACGACCGCAACAUUUCAGACUUACUAGUCGACCAACUGGAGUUUGCCCAAGUGGUAAUUUUGAACAAGAUAGAUUUGGUUACGGGCGACGAGCUGAACAAGACAAAGGCCUUGAUCAAGCAACUGAACCCUACCGCCAAGCUUUUGACAUCAAAUUACUCGAGGAUUGAUCUCAGGGAGAUACUCGAUACAAAGAUGUUUGACUACACCAAAGCAGCGCUCAGUAUGGGAUGGCUGAGAUCUCUGAACGAGGUCGUCAAACCUGAAACAGAAGAGUACGGUGUUGGGACCUUCGUCUAUCGCGCCAGGAGGCCUUUCUCGCCCAAGCGUCUUUGGGAAACGAUCCGCAAUGUAUUCGUGGUGAUUCAAGAAGAAUUCAUUGAUGACGGGGAUGAUGAAGCGGAAAAAGAGGACAAGAAUGAAGACUCCAACGCUUCAGAUGGGAGUGGUGAAGGAGAUGUCACGAUGGAUAAGGAAGAUCGCAAGGACAAUGACGGUGAAGAGAAACAGCCUCAACUCAAUCCAAAAAAGAGGCUCGAGUCGAAAAAGGCCUCGAAAACCUUUGCUCCUCUGUUGCGCUCCAAAGGGUUUUUCUGGCUUGCUACGCGUCCCACGAUGUUUGGCGAAUGGUCUCAAGCUGGUGUGAUGCUCACUAUGACUGGUGGGGGUAAGUGGAGAUGUGAAAUGCCCCGGGAAGAAUGGUCAGAUGAUCCCGAUGUGGUCAAAGCCAUCCUAGCCGACUUCGAAGAGCCCUGGGGCGAUCGCCGACAGGAGAUAGUGAUGAUCGGGACGGAAAUGCGAUCGGGCGGUGAGAAGCGUCUCCAGGAAGCACUCGACGCCUGCUUACUGGACGACCAGGAAUGGAAAAAGUGGACGAAGAUCAUGAAAUCCGUCAAGAAGGGCCUCCGGACGAUGGAGGAGAAGGCCGAGGCACUGGAAGAAUUUUUCGAGGACGGCUUCGAAGAUUGGCAGGACCCAGAUGACCACGAAGGCCAUGAGGGGCAUAAUCACUGA